AUGGCAACCCGUGUAACACCGGAGCUGCUGGGCGCGUUGCAGCACGCACCCGAGCGCAUCCGCAACAUCUGCAUCCUCGCGCAUGUGGACCACGGCAAGACGACGCUCAGUGACAGCCUCGUGUCUGCCAACGGCAUCAUCUCGGAGCGACUGGCUGGCAAGGUGCGAUAUCUGGACAACACGGAGGAGGAACAAGUGCGUGGCAUCACCAUGAAGUCCAGCGCUAUCUCCUUAGUGUACGAACCCGAGCUUACAGCCGACAAAGACCCGGAAGCGCCGUAUCUCAUCAAUCUCGUGGACUCUCCAGGCCAUGUGGACUUUUCCUUCGAUGUAUCCACUGCAGUUCGACUCUGUGACGGCGCCUUGGUGCUUAUUGACGCAGUAGAAGGAGUAUGCGCGCAAACACACGCUGUUAUCCGUCAAGCUUGGAAGGAAGGCAUCCGUCCAUGUCUAGUUAUUAACAAGAUGGAUCGUCUGAUCUUCGAGCUGCAAUUCUCGCCCAUAGAAGCUUAUCAGAGACUCAAUCGCAUCUUAGAACAGGCCAACGCAGUACUGAGCUCCAUGAUCAGGAUGGAUGUGAUUUCCAACGAGACGGAGCAAUUAGAGAACGAAAUGCUGUUCUCUCCAUCGAACAGUAACGUUAUCUUUGCUAGUGCUACCGACGGCUGGGCCUUUGGUAUCGGAUACUUUGCAGCUUUGUAUGCGAAGAAAUUAGAGCUGCCUGUACGUGUGAUGCGCCAAGCAUUGUGGGGCGAGUACUACUACAACCACAAGAGCAAGAAGAUCGUGAGCAAACCGCCCACGUCUAGUAGCCAGACGAUGUUCUGUUCGUUCAUUCUCGACUUGAUCUGGACGACGUAUACGACGAUGACGAAGCCGGUGCAGUCGGAUGCGGACUUGGACGUGUUACGGAAACUCACACGACAACUUCGGAUUGCCAAGCUGGUUUCGGAUCGUGAUCUGAAGCAGACGGACCGGAAGAACGCGACUCAAGCGGUGAUGAGGAAGUGGCUGCCGUUGUCUACGACCGUGUUAAAGAUGGUGACGCGCGUUCUACCGAGUCCAGUGGCUGCUCAAGUAAAACGCGCCGACAAGUUGUGUACGAUCUCGUCCGACAAAUCGCUUCAAGUCUUCCGGUCUUUGCAAUCCUGUCAGACUUCGGAUGAUGCGCCGCUUGUUAUUUACAUUUGCAAGGUCAUUUCAGUGGAGGCCAAUGUGUUAUCGGAUUAUCACCAGUCCGGACUGGCUGCUACAGACGAGGUCUAUGUCGGCGUGGGUCGGGUGUACUCUGGUGUGCUUCGAGAAGGCCAGCCGGUGUAUGUGAUGGAUCCCAAGUUCCAAGGCGUAUCUGGAGACGUGGAUGUGGAUACAGUGGACUUGAAUACGGUGAAACACGUCACACGUAUUGACAGCGGGGUGGUGAAGCCGUACAUGAUGAUGGGACGUGAUCUACACAAGCUGGAUCGUGUUCCUGCUGGUAAUAUCAUCGGUAUUGUCGGUCUUCAGGAACAUGUUUUGAAGACGGCGACGUUGUCGUCAACCCUGGCGUGUCCUUCGUUGACGAAGAUGCCGUAUCAAGCCAAGCCGAUUGUCCGUGUGGCCGUGGAACCUGAAGAUCCGCGCCACUUUGGCGCUCUGGAAGCUGGUCUACAGCGUUUGUAUCGAUCUGACCCUACCGUCGAAGUCCACGUGCAGGAGACUGGCGAACAUGUUAUUGUUGCACUGGGAGAGUUUCACUUGGAACGAUGUAUCAAGGAUUUGAAGGAUCGCUUUGCAAAAGUCGCAGUGCAAGUCUCUGAGCCUUUGGUGGGGUUUCGGGAAAGUAUCGUGAACGGAACGAUCUCUUCGUUCCAGGAGCACAUCGUGUUCAAAGACCUUCUCAAUCCCGAUACAAGCAAGGAGGACGCUCUUGAUAAAGACGAGCACUACGCUGAUACGCAAGAUCCGAAACGUGCGUUGGGAACAACUCCGGAUGGCACGCUGACUCUAAAGCUGCGUGCACUUCCAUUGCCUCUUGACACUGCAAAGCUAUUGGAAGAAAAUGCGCCACUGUUGAAACGUAUCACACACACCAAGAAAUCCACAGACGAGACAGAAACCAAGGAAUCCGACGUGGAAUUGGAAGCUGCUGCACAGGAUAUCUCGGCUUUCCAGAAGAAAUUGGAGAAAUCGCUCCAAUUGAGUGACCACAGCUUGUUAAAGUCGCUACCAAUGCACCAGAUUUGGAGCUGUGGCCCUCGACGAGUAGGUCCGAACAUGUUAAUCAACAACAUUCCAGGAUACCAUUCGACUGGCUGCCUAUUCCCGUCGAACGCAACACAAGUUGAAGACUCAGAGAAAGCAGAGCAGAUCCGGAAACUGGAGAACAGCAUCGUGACGGGCUUCCAGAUGGCCUCCUCGGCUGGACCUUUGUGUGAUGAACCGGUAUGGGGCGUCGCGUUCAUCGUUGAAGACGUCGUUUUCCAUGAGAAAAGCGACGAUGUGUCAGAUGAAGAGGCGAGCAAGUACGGACCGCUUAGCGGACAGGUAAUCUCCACUAUGCGGACCACUUGCCUCAUGUCCUUUGUGAAGCAGCCUGUGCGGUUAGUAGAGGCCGUGUAUGAGUGCACAGUGCAGUGUCAAGCCGAGCAGCUCGGCAAGUUGUACAGUGUCAUCUCGAAGCGACGAGGCGAUAUCUACUCGGAAGAGUUGUCCGAUGGGACAGCGCUAUUCACUGUGAAAGCUCACUUGCCAGUCGUGGAAAGCUUCGGCUUUGCCACCGACCUGUUGAUCCAGACGUCAGGAGCUGCUAGUAACCCACAACUCAUCUUCUCACACUGGAGUAUCAUCGACAUGGACCCGUUCUUCCAGCCGCAGACAGAGUUGGAGCGAGAGGACUUUGGCGAACGCGUCUACGAACACAACUACGUGAGACGAUACAUCGAAGCGGUACGUAAGCGCAAGGGUCUGUCGCGAGAUGAAAAGAUUGUUGUGCACGCCGAAAAACAACGCACUCUUAAAAGAUAAGACGCUGGAUGGAGACGGGGGUACUGUAGCAAUAAUAUCUCGUUUGUUCCGGCUUGAAACGGACAAGCGACAAUCUCGAGGUGAGCUAAAAUUAUCAAGUGUCCAAGUAGACUCUUUUGUGCAUGUUUUAUUUUAAUAUUCAGUCUCGUGAUGGCCCCCGUUCGGGUAACUCCGACUCGUGGAGAUGGUACUCGCGCGCUGAUGGCUUAUCCAGUGGCUUCACGUCAUGCAGAGAAGCACUCGUUGAGCUGGAAGAAGUGAUUACUCCAGCUGCUCUCAUUGAGAAGACUCAUGCCCGACAACUCGCUGCGCGUGACAAAGUGUUCGAGCGCCAUCUCCCGUUCUCGUGGCUGCGGUUCUUCAUCGGAGCUGUGUCGCUAGCUCUCGUUUUCGCCGACGUCUUACGCUCCGGUGUGGGCGUGUCGAAUCUUCAAGAUGUGUACCCAUCACUGCAGCCAGACGAAGUGGUAAGUUUUGAUACAUCGUGGAACUAUUCAGUGUUUGCGUCUACCAAAGAGGAAGCCAGAAAAGGCAGCACAACAGCACGUGUAUGGAGCUACAAGUACGACUCGACUUCGAUCACGUGGCGAGCAU